CUGAACGCGGGCUCCAUGAAAGCGGGCUCCAUGAAAGCGACCCAGUUCUGUUUAAAUCCCUCUCUCAACACAUCGCAUUGAAAAUGGAACAUCGAGACUUCCCUAUGCCCGAGAGGCGGCAGUUUGGAUCCACGGACAUCAUGGUGCCGGAGCUGUCCUUUGGUGCCUCCGGUCUGGGUCUCGUGAAAGAAGGAAGUGCCGAAGAGGAGGAGGCUGUGGCCGCCGUCCGCAACGCCCUUCGCUGCGGAGUAAACUACGUUGACACGGCUCCUUGGUACGGUCAGGGCAGAUCUGAAGAGGUUCUCGGGAAGGCGCUGCAAGGUUUGUCCCGAGACGCAUUCUAUGCGGCCACAAAAGUGGGUCGCUACGAACCAGACUGCGAGCGCAUGUUCGACUUCAGCGGCAGCCGGACACUGGAAAGCGUCAGGCAGAGCCUGGAGAAGAUGAAGCUCACCUACUUCGACGUUGUCCAGGUUCACGACGUCGAGUUCGCACCUACUGUGGAUGUGAUUGUCAACGAGACCUUACCGGCCUUGGAAAGUCUUCGGUGCGCCGGACUCAUUCGGUACAUCGGAAUCACCGGCUACCCGCUGCACGUGUUCAGGGAAGUGCUCCAGAAAAGUUCCGUCCGAGUGGACACAGUCCUCAGCUACUGUCGCGGCACGCUGUUCGACGACUCGCUGGCCGACUACUUGCCAUUUUUCCAGAGCAUGGGACUGGGUGUGGCCAACGCGGCCCCCCUUGGCAUGGGCCUGCUGACGUCAUCGCCACCGCCCGCCUGGCACCCUGCAGCGGAGGACCUCAAGAAUGCCUGCGCUGAGGCCGCCCGAUUCUGUAAGGAGGCUGGUUACAGCAUAGAGAGACUGGGCCUGCAGUACAGUUUGACCAAGUUUCCUGGCGUUCACACUACAAUAGUUGGUAUUGCAAGUACAGAAGUGCUGCACAAAAAUAUUUCCUGCUUGAGCACGGUCCGCAAGGAAGAAGAGAACAUCGCCCACGACCUCAAGGCAAAGUUCUUUCGGAAGCCAACGAGCAGCCACUGGGAAGGCGUGGAGAUCGACAAGAUCCGGCGGAAACUAGCCCAGCGCCGCUCCCAGCUUGCUCCGAAGGAGCUUUGCCUCUCGACAGAGUGAAUCCACGGCAGAGACGACGAGAAGGUCACGCGUUAGAACAACGGUUAGAGAAAAAACCCUCAUCGCCGGUGAAUCACGUGACAUCGUGGUGUGUGCUCGGUCUUGGUGUUCGAGGCAUCUGUGCACUGUUAGCGGAAUAGCGCUUGUGUAUGUUGUUAGAAUUUUUUUUUCUAAACCUCCACCACAUCAUUCAGCUUCCUUGGACUCACCGAAUCUCUUCAGCGACAAACUCUCAAUACCAACCACGACUCGGCGCUGGAGCGAACUGAACAUGCUUUCAUCCUUUGACGUGUUAUCGACACUUCCCCAUUGACAAAUCUAAUGUGAAUAUAAUAAUCAGGAAGUUGUGUAAGCGAUAAAUAAAAAAUAAAUAUUUAAAGAAACAUAAGACAAUAUGAGUGCCUCUAUCCCUGAUAACUUUGGCCAUUUUUGUCACUCAAUACCGAAUGUUAUGUUUAAAGUCUUCUCGAUUGUUUGGAGUCGUUAGUGAGAUCUUGCGUCAAUAAUUAUUUUCCAUUAAAAAUAAGAAAGAUAAAUAUUAUGCUUCCUUGGAUUAACCGGGAUAUCUUGCACCUGCCAUGCAGAGUCGGUAGACCACGUAAAUCAAAGCAUUCUAAUUCUGUGCUUCGCGUUCCUUUUGAAAAGCCAAGGAGGAACUUCGUACUCGUACUAAAAAUGCUAAAAAUUGUCAUUUUUCAGUCCAACUCCCAAUACUACCUAAAUCAAAUGCUCGCAGGUUCUGGACAUCAAUUUUACCUAGUGCAACGUGCAGUACCUCUUUCAAGAUUAAGGACACUAUUACUAACAAAACUGUACUAACACUGUAGCUUCGAAAGCUUUUAACUCGUACUUCCAAUCAGUUUUCACGCUCGAUAACCAUGUAGUCCCAAAGUAUAGUUAUGAUGUACAAACUAAUAAAUUAGGUGAUAUCGUAAUAAGUUCUGAUGGUGUCUUAUACCUACUCUGGAAUGUCGACACCAAAAUGUGUACCGGUUCAGAUGGUAUCCCGAAGUCUUUUCUUAUAAGGUUCGCCCUAUGGACAGCUCAGUACCUUACCGUAUUCUUCCAGAAAUCCUUAUACUCUGGUGAAGUACCAACUCAAUGGAAAACAGUCAAAGUCCUGCCUUUGGAUAAAUCAGGCGAAAAACAACUCUCUAACUACAGGCCGAUAUCUCUCACAACCCACUCAUGCAAGAUGUUACAGCACAUUACUCACAAACAUAUAAUCGAAUUCCUUAGCUCUAAUGAUGUUCUAACAUCUGCCUAGCAUGGUUUCCUUCGUGGUUAUAGCACUGUAACACAAUUAGUCGAUUUGGUUCAUGAUAUCGCUUUUAACCUACACAUAGGUAAUCAAGUGGGAUGCCACCUUUAUUGAUAUCUCUAAAGCUUUUGACUCUGAAAUUCAUUCUAAACUACUGGUAAAGUUAAACGCCAUAUUCACUAAUCUCUUUUGUUUCUUGGAUAGCCAGUUUUCUUCAUUAUCGCUCACAAUUUGUUUCUUUCAGCUCAGUGGAAUCUACUCCUGUGGACGUUACGUCAGGCGUUCCUCAGGAACCCGUAUUAGGCCCUUUAUUAUUUCUAAUAUCAAUCAGUGACUUAACUCGUAGCACCUCCGCUAAAAUCAUACUUUAUGCAGAUGACUGUGUAUUAUACGAAUCUAUUAAUUCCAUUGAUUACAACCACCGUCUUGCCCAAUCCCUUUUUUCUGUGCUUGGUGAAAAACGUGGAAAUGAACAUCAGCUGUAGUAAAACAGUCAGAAUUUUAUUUGCCAAUAGACGGAGCCCUCUCUCGUACGAGUAUUCUGUGAAGGGCAUCCAACUUAAAAGAGUGUCUCAGUAUAAACCCUUAGGCGUCAUUCUAACAGAACAUCUUUCUAUGUCUAAACACAUCAAAUAUAAACGGGAAAGUCCUCAAAAUUAGGUUAUUUGCGCCGCACUUUAGCUAAGACCCUCCGCAAUACUAAACUGCUAUUAUAUAAAACGUUAAUUCUCCCUGUUCUAGAAUAUGCAUCUGCCGUUUGGUUCCCCUGCAAACACUGAAAUAAGCUCACUAAAUAACGUUUAACAAAAAUCUAUCCGUUUCACAUGCCAAACUUUCACCCGCAGUGUCUCACCAACGCGGGCUCAACAAUCUUUGAACAUUGAGCCAUUACUUUCCCGUUAUCACGUUGAAGCCUUAAAACAUUUAUAUGCAAAUAUACCUCCACCUUUGGUCUUUCUCACUGUAACUAUAUCACAUUUACUAACGCAAGUUGUACACGCAGCUCCCACGCCCUGAACAAAACACCUAUUUAUGCCCGUACUAACACAUUCAAGUACAAUUUUUUCCACUUACAAUGGAGCUUUGGAAUUAUCUACCCGGUAAAAUUCGUUCACUAUCACUAAGAGAUUUUAAAGCUAUCAUUGGUAAGGAAUUCGCUAAGAUGUAAAGCACUUCUUUUUGAUCAUUCAUCUUUUUGUGUAUAUCUGUGUUCUUAAAGUGUAAUGUAUAGCAAUGUAUAAUGUUCCCACUCCUGCUACAGCCCUUUAUUGGGCUGCAGUUUAUGUAAAUAAAUAAAAAUUAAAUAAAGGGCCUUCUAGUAAUUGCUGCAAA